CUGUUUAACCAUCACCAAAAACUACUCUCACCAACACCAAAAGCUACUACUAAGUAAAACAAAAUCUAUUCGCAGAUAUUGAGAAAAAUAUUACCAUAGCCUAAUAAAACUACUAUCACCGACUGAGAAAGCUAUUACCAACUAACACAAAAGCCACAAUGAAAAAUCAAAACAACUAUAAAUAUACAAUGUUGAAGCCUUGCACUGCUCAAAUUUGAAUGUAUUGCACAUAUCAUAAUCCAUCAACAUAACUUGUAUUCAUGAGCAUCAUUCACUAAAGUAAGCCAUAAAAUCCAUAGGAAUUACCAAAAGCUACACUAGAGCAUCAUUCUCUCUGCAUCAUCUAACCCAUCUGCCAUGAUUCGAAUCAUACUCUUGAAAGCAAGUGCACGCAAUUCGAAAGCCCAAUCCAAACCUUCACCUCAUAGACGAAAUUGAAUGCCAGAUCGGACCUCGACGACAACGAAUCAUCCCAAAACACCGAUGCGAAGCAAUCUGGAAGCAAGCCGAGCAAAUGAACUACCUCUGCCUCGCUUCGAGCCUCGACGCCGCCGGUGAGGUCUGGAUUUCAGUCCGGCGUCGGUGACCAUCGCGCUCUUCUAGACGAUGAGCCCUAAGCGGCUUAGGAGGCAGUUCCAGCAGCUCAAGUCAAUACCAAACUGAGCCCUAAACGAUGUCGUCGAUGCCUGGGCUGCCUCGCCUCGCCUCGCCAUGCACCUUCAUCAUCGUCGCGAUUCUCCUAUCACCUCUCCGAUCACGAUUAUCAACCAGAAAUCAGACUGCCGCCGACGACUUCCCGAUCUGCCUGUUCCUCUCUUGUUUUCGUUCGAUCUAUAAUAGGUGACGACGGCGGUGCAAGGUCUGGUAGCACCUUGCUGGUGGUCGCCGAGAUCGGAGGCCGAGACCAAGACGUGAAGGCAGUGGUGCUCGAAUUGGAGCAGCAGAGAAACAUAAGGAGAGCUUUCUCGUUGAAAUUGGAGUGGGCUUUGUUGAAAUUAGGGAGGAGAGAGAGAGAGAAGACUGGCUUGCCGCCUUGUCCAAACGGCGUCACCGACGUCUUCACCGCCGGAGAAGAGCAAAGAGGUCGCUCCACAGAGAGAGAGAGAGAGAGAUCUGUGAUCGAUGUAAGGGGUCGAUGCAAUUGAGUUUCUGAGAGUCACUCGAAGACCUCAAAGCCUUAGACAAGCGCAAUGGCUUCUUUCACUGUGGCCGAGAAAUGCGCUCCGAUUACGCGCGCCGCGGCGAAGAGGAGGGCGGCGGCGGCGGCCUUGGCCGAGGAGCAGCAGCUGGCGACUAAGAAGCGCGCCGUGCUCGGAGAUCUCACCAACUUUGCAAACGUCGUCGUUUUGGCCUCAAAAAACCCCAAUUCCGAUUCUGCGCUAAAGAAACCCAAACGGAGAGCUGUGCUGGAACGUGACAAUGAAGACCCACAGCUUUGUGGGCCUUAUGCUUCUGAUAUCUAUGCCUAUCUUCGCAGAAUGGAGGUGGAACCAAAAAGGAGGUCAUUGCCUGAUUACAUGGAGAGAAUUCAGAAGGAUGCUAUUAAUGCUAAUAUGAGAGGGAUUCUUGUGGAUUGGUUGGUGGAGGUUGCAGAUGAAUUUAAACUUCUUCCAGACACUCUUCAUCUAUCUGUUUCCUAUGUUGAUAAAUAUUUGUCGAUGAAUGUGAUCAAUAAGCAGAAGCUUCAGCUAUUGGGAGUUGCUUCAAUGUUCAUUGCCUCAAAGUAUGAGGAGAUUAAUCCUCCACAUGUGGAUGAACUUAGUGACAUGACAGAAAAUACAUACAGUAAAGCAGAGGUGAUCAAGAUGGAGGCUGAUAUCCUCAAAUCCCUCAAAUUUGAAAUGGGGAAUCCUACUGUUCGGACCUUCUUAAGAAAGUUUACGGAUGUUGCUCAAGGGAAUUAUACAACUCCCAAUUUGCAGUUUGAGUUCUUGGUUUCCUACCUUGCAGAGUUAAGCUUGUUGGAUUACAAAUGUGUGAAAUUCCUGCCUUCUAUGGUAGCUUCAUCAGUUGUUUUCCUUGCAAGAUUAAUGAUUAGAUCAAAGAUGAAUCCUUGGUGUUCAACAUUGCAACAAUAUACUGGAUACAUUGCAGCUGAUUUGAAAGAUUGUGUUCUUGUUCUUCAUGACUUGUACUUGGGUAGAAGAGGAGGAUUGUUACAAGUUGUGCGAGAGAAGUACAGACAGCAUGAGUUCAAAUAUGUGGCAAACCUUCCCUGCCCUCCAGAGCUACCAGCUCCUUUGUUUGAUAAUGUGAAGGCAUGAUAGAUGAGAUUAGCAUUUGGGUUUAUGUUGAAGCAAUGAGAAUGGCUGUUGUGGAAGGGCUCUCCCAAUAUGUUGGAAAGAUCUGGCUAAGGGUUUACUGAGUAAUCUCAGUUAUUGGAGGGUUACUUUGAAGGAUGUUGACAGAUGCGGAUGGGGUAUCAACUUCCAUCCGUUUAGGAUGAUCUUGAAGGUUUCCACUCUUCCAUGGAACUCUAUUCCAGGGUAUGGAGUAGCAGUACAAAAAAUGAGCCAACUCAGAGAGGUACCUAUGCAGAUGUAGGGCUCAAUCCAAUUAAGUCCGUAGUGUCUACCAAUUUCACCAUAUCCCCCUUGCCAACUCAAGUUCUCGAGGUUAUGGGAUGUAACUCCAGUGUACUCAAAUAGAAAAUGGAUAACCUACGCUGCUAUGUUGCCUUGAUAGAGCUACAAAUGCAACAAUUGAGUUGCAGAGUUGUACUUGCCCUUUUCCAACUGAUACAACCACUGGCUCUCCUCAGUCCAGAUUCAAUCCGUGAUUGAACUUAUUGUAGAAUGUUGGUGAUUGUUUAAGCUGUUGGGCAGUGGGGAAUGCACUGCAUGUUUAUGGAUGUGGUAAUAUCACAUUACAUAUAAGUGAGCUGAAUUCAAAUUCACAACUUGCGAGUUGUAUUGUCUUUGUAUCAAGUAUUUUCACUCCAGUGUUCUUAACCUUCCAUUGCCUUGUACAUUAAAUAGAGGGAGGUAGAUUUGUGGUGAUUGGAGUAUCUUCCUACUUGUUUUAGAGAAACUUUAAAAACUAUAUUGUGCAAAUCUAAUGAAAUCAAGUUUAUCAUUGUUUGA